AUGAUGUUUACGGUUAUUGUUGUAUUUGUUUUGUGUUGGACCCCCUUGUACGGUCUUUACUGUUAUUUUUUUCUGUCAGAUGAUAAAGAUUCUUCAUUUUUUCAAUUUGCUUCUUCUGUUCUUCGACCAAUAUUUCAGGCACUUUUUUAUCUAUUACAUAAUUCUAACGAGAUCUGUUCGGACUUCACUAAAACACUAAUAAUUUUUCAGCCCACCAUUGGGGGUAAAAUAAGAAGGGGUACCUUUAUUAGGGGAAAUUGUUUAAGCAACUCUCCUUCAUUGUUUAAAAUUUUGAAAAUUGCUCGUACUCGACACAGGUACGAGUACGAAUUUUGGCACGAGCUUCCAAACACUGCUCUCUUAUCAUGGAUGGGGAUCCGGACUUUCUCGGACUUCCGGACUUUCCCCAACCCGGCCCAUUUCUGUUCCAUACCCAUAUCCAACGAUUUUAUAAUUAUGAUGUUAUCUCUUACUUAA